CGACAUCAUUUUAUCAUUUUCCCUAUCAUAUUUAUCAUUGUAAUUUUUAGUAAAAUUUUGUCGGAAGUCUAUUGCUAUUCGUUCAUUAUUGGGUGUGUUUUCCAUUCUCAGGAUAAGCCUGGUCUUGGUCUAAGUAGUCACGAUUCUCCAUAGAAAGUCUUUGUAGACUUGCUCCAGAUUUAAAAACUAGUUUAAAAAAAUAUGACAUCUCCUGCAUUCUGGAUAUUUUCUGCAAUGGGCUGGCAUCGCAUCAGAGGUGCACUCUGAUUAAUCUGGUACCCUGUCCUUCUGAGAUGGGCUCCAGACCACCGCAGCCCUGCAGCAGUGCAAAUAGUUAUCAAUAGUGACUGAGGGAGUGAGUGAGAUGGUUACUUGCAGUGAGCUGUAAUUUUAAUGUACUUUGAUUUACACAACAGACAGGAUAAGCAACUAGUGGUGUUCCUCUUUAAGGAAGCCUUAAAUUUAUCUCGCAUCAAAAUUUUGAUGCAUCUAAAACGGGCAAUAGAAAAAAGCUGAAAAAAGUGCUAAAUUUUGUUUUCAUUAACAGGUGCAGUAUGACAUCACGGUGGAAACUAAUCCUCUCCAUCCGUACCCUAGAAGCGGACUGUCUCUCCGAGCACCUUGUCUCACACAGAUCAGUGCUGCUCAGGGCUCGUGCUGCUCUGCUGCUUGGAGGAUGUUCAUGUACGUCAAACACGGGGACAAUGAGCAGUUCCUGGUCAACACCAACUGCCCCGUUGGCACGGUGCUGCAAUAUGUGAGAGGGAAGCUGCGCGUGUCAGAGGCAGAUCUGCUGGACCUGUGUGAUGAGUUUGGCUCUCUGAAGCUGCUCUUCUUGGACCGGCAGGCGCAGGAGAGCGCCACCCGCAGGCUGCCCCCUCGCAGCUCCUCCAUCGCCUGCGCCGUCACCCGAGCAAAGGAUGGUGCGUACUCCUCCAUCAUCCCCCUCCUGGGUAAACCUGACCCAGCGCUGCUAGGCACCCUGCAGGCUCAGGCCGACAGUCUGGAGAGAGCUCGUCUCAUGCGGCUCCGCACCCAAAAAGAUCGCCGUACCACAGCGGGGGACCCGCCCACUGAAACCGAGCCCUCUCACCCAGUAAAGGGUCGACGUCGUGCCGCACACCUGGGAACCGCGGAUGGAGAACCCCAGCGUUGCACUCGUGGCAAGAAGGGGCGGGGCUGAGCCUGACACAUGCCCGU